UUUAAAAGAAAAAUGGUUCAGUAAUUAUUUAUUAAUUGGCUAUGUUUUUAACUUUAAGGCAGUUCAUAGCAGAGCUUUUGGGUACAUACUUCAUGGUAUUCGCAGGUUGUGGUGUGGUGGUGGUGGAUACUGAGAAGAACAACUUAAUCGGUCAACCUGGAAUAGCCAUCGUAUGGGGGUUGGUAGUUAUGGUGAAUGUAUACUCGGUUGGGCACAUUUCUGGCGCCCAUUUCAACUCUGCCGUAACCAUUGCUUUUGCAUCUUGCAAGAGAUUUCCUUUGAAAAGUGUGCCUGGUUACAUCAUUGCACAAGUACUCGGAUCAACCCUAGCAUGUGGAACCUUAAGGUUAUUAUUCCAUAAAAAAAGCAACAACCUAGGAGCAACCAUCCCUAUGGGAUCAGACCUCCAGUCUUUGGUGUUGGAAUUCAUCAUCACAUUCUUUCUCAUGUUUGUUAUUUCCAGUGUUGCAACGGAUGAUCGAGCUGUAGGAGAAGCAGCAGGACUUGUCAUUGGAUCAACAAUUUUACUCAAUGCCAUGUUUGCGGGACCAAUAUCAGGGGCUUCAAUGAACCCAGCCAGAACCCUAGGCCCAGCCAUUGUGUCAAAUGAAUACCGAGGUUUAUGGGUUUAUAUGUUGGGACCAACUGCAGGAGCCGUGGCUGGUGCAUGGGCAUACAACAUCAUAAGGUUCACCGAUAAGCCUCUAUGUGAGAUCGUCAAGAGUUCAUCUUUCCUCUAA